AUGUUUCCACAAAUAUUCAGACACCGCGGCCGCAUAGGUCAGCCCGGCUUUGUCCGCCCAGCAGAGAAAGCAGCGGAACCUGCCAGCGAACCAGAUGCACCGAGCUUCGAGCCCAAGGCAAUCGAUGUGGUCAUCGUGAAGGAGAUGUUGCAGAAGAAGCUGCCUCCAGAGCUGAUCAAUACUGUCCUCGAUCACGCUGAAUACUGGCCUCACACCACCAGUGUUACCUCCUUCGAGAACUUGCCAGAGGGCAAACUUAAGGUUCUCAGUGGCCGAAGUGAGCGGGAGAAUGUCUUUGUUAUUCGUUCCCUACCACUCGGUUUCGUCAAAUCCACGCAAUUCGAUGGCGAAUACAUCACCAAGGCUUUAGACCCACGCAGUCUCUCAUCAGAAUAUUCUGUCGAGCAGUUUCAGAAGUGGAUUGGUAACUCGGUUCCGACAUUGGAGCACCCGUGUCGAAAGAUCGUGUUCACGAUCCACAGCCAUGAUCAGGGAUGGGGAGGCAACCGUACUGAUACAGGUACAUACCAUGGUUCGUGGACGUGGUUUGAACCUGGCAUAGAGAGGUUUGACGCAGGUGGUGCAGGUGAGAACAAUCUCAAAUCCAGCCCGAGCUCUAAGCCUAAUAGUAUGCUAGCUACCGAGCAACCUCCUCUGUCCGAACAGGUGUCAUCAAUCAACCCUGCUACUUCAACGGAGGAUUUAGAGUCUCCUUCUGACGAUUCAUCAAUGGACCAGGCUCUGCUGACACCUGAUUACUCCGAAGUAUCGGAGCCUAUGCAACUUAAUGAAACUGUCUUAGACACAACUUCUCUGCGACCAAUUAUGCCUUUACUCGAGCCACCGAGCAGCAAUGAGGAUCCCUCGACAAGAAGAUUCCAUCAUGACUUACUGCCCUCGAAUAUGAGGAUUCAAUGCAACAUGACCGCCAAGAAAGACACCAAGGCUUACCGUGUCCAGUGGUCUUGGACGGACAAUAUUGACCCAGAUUCACCUCAGGGUGAUGAGCUCGAAAAGCAGGGCCGUGGAAGAGCAACUGGCACAGGCGAGUUUGUCAGAAAUUUGAAGCUAGGCGAUGUUGUCACAGUUUGGGCAAAGGCAAGAUUCCCUAUGUGGGUGAAUCACGUUGAGAAGGUUCAGAUCGACGUAUACUGGGCUCUCUAA